GACUCUGCCCUUGUCGCUCUGGAUGACUGCGUUAUUCUUCACCAGCGAAGCACCGGUGAACGACCACGGGGCUCAGGGCAAAGCGAUCCACACGAUCAUCAUGCUCCUGGGUGUGGGUCUUUUCACCGUGCCCAUGGGACUUUUUGCUUCGGCCUUCCGAGAACGCUUGGAUGAGAUGCACGCCAAAAAGUUGAGGCCCCUCCUGCGCCCCGAGCGUCACAUGACCCACGGGCGCCGGGUGAGCGAGACAGCGAUGAUCUUGGCGGAGGAACAAUACGCAAGCAUGAUUGCCGCCUUAACGCAGCUGGAAGAAGAACGUGCACAAGGAAAUUUUCGACGCUUUGGAGAAAAGUCAAGUGGUCAAGAUGGGCUGAACGCCGAAGGCUUUCGAGAUAUUCAUGAUGUCUCUCGACCGCAGCUGCCAUUGGAGAGGAUUGAUGAUGAAGUGCUGAUGCAGUUGCAACCAGACACCUGGAAGUACCGUUGGUAUCGAUUGCUGAUGGGCAAGCGUCACCCAGGCAUCGGGUUGGAGACGUUGCCGUAUAUUGCAACUCGUCAAGGUCCCAGCAAAUCGCAGGAAGGGAACGCCAUUUAA